AUGGACUUUAUAGAUUCUGAUGAUACGCAAGCACCGGAGGACUCGCAGCUUUUAGAGACGGAGUUAGAUUUCAGUUGUCCACCACUGUUUGCUCUAGAGUGUAACACUUUCAAAUGGAAAGUGAAAAUCAGAGAUUCAAAUGGAGAAAUACAAGAACAAACGUUGACAACAAAAGAAGUUUGGAAAUUGCAAAAGCGCAAAGUGAUAGUUCAUUUUGAUGAAGAUUGUGGUCAGCCUGAUGAAGAUUCUGGAGGUUUAUUGGGGUCUUGGUUAGCUGAUUGGAGGGUAUUCGCUCCUCAUCGGAAGGACAAAGCCUGGGACAUUAUUCUGCUAUGGCAUUUGUUACAGACUAAAUUCUGGUUUGAUAAUCCGGACACGAAAAAGAACUAUGUUCUAAGUGUAUUAGGGAGCAGAUGCAAGGAUUUUAAAAUUCGUCUCUGGAAGAUGUACAAACGGAAUGACCGUACUGAAACCAUACAUAAUCGUCCUGCCAUGGUUCCAGAAGAUCAGUGGAAUGUGAAAAAUGGAAGAAAAUGCGUGAACGGAAUAUCAAUAACCAAAAAAAGAAUACUUUACCACAUGUCUGCGGAAAAGAGUUUUGCGAGGAAGCGACGAAACAUUAAAGACCAAACAGAAAGAACACCAUGCAGAACAGAAUUUUUCAUUGCAAGCCGUAAGAAGUCUGAUGGAACUUUUGUUUGUGAAGAAGCAAAAACUCGUGCGGAUGAACUCACACUUUUGAUGAGUGAAAAUCUUUCAGUUGAAAAGUCAAAUAUCAUUGCUAGUUUAGACGAUGAGUAUUCCAAAGUUUUUGGACCAGAACGAUCAGGACGAGUCCGGUGCCUAGGACGUGGUCCUACACCUUCAAAGCUAUUGAAAAUGUCCAGUACUCCAAAUGUAGAAGCGUCAAAGUCUGAAGUUGUUGAGCUGAAGUCACAAGUUUCAGGAUUGCAAAGUCAAGUCCAGAAUUUAGCAGGAAUGAUCCAACAACUAGUUGGUGCUAUUACUAUUCAGGCUAAUGGAACGGUAGCUGGUGUUCUGUCAAACUUGGCCAAUCAACCAAAUUUUGCUGAUAUUUUAUCAAAUUUGGUCAAUCAACAGAAUUCUGAGGCAACCCAAAACAGAGAUCAUGUGAAUUAG